GCACCCAAAUCUCUCAUUACUACAUUCAAUACGCAGCUCAGUCUCUCUCGCUGAGAAGCUUCAAAAAUGGCUCCUCACCUCUUCACCACCGCCUUCGCUCUCCUCUUCAUAACAGCAACCUCAGAAGCCAGAGACUUCUUGGUCGGAGGCAGCUCCGACGCCUGGAAAAUCCCAUCUCCGACCUCCCCAACUCUCAACCAGUGGGCCGAAGCCACCCGCUUCCAAGUCGGCGACUCCCUCGUUUGGAAUUUGAAAGGGAAGGGGGACUCGGUGCUCCAGGUGAGCAGAGAAGACUACUCAACCUGCACAACCUCAAACCCAAUCGCCGACCGUCGAGGCGACACGGUGACCGUCGAGCUCGAGAAAUCCGGGCCGUACUAUUUCGUCAGCGGAGAGAGCGGAGCUUGUGAGAAAGGGGAGAAGAUGGCCGUGGUUUGUGAUGGGGUCAGAGAGCGAGGAGGAGGCCGCGUUACGAUUCUUCGCGCCGGCGGCCUCUCCGGGGAGGCGCCGGCACGGUUGGGGCUGAGAGGCCGGCUCGCUCCGACGAGCGGCGGAGUGGAGGGUUUAGGUGGGCGUUUGCGAGGGAUGGACGGUGACGGCGACCUUCAUCCCGCUCUGACAGUAACCGUUGCCGCAAAUGAAAUAAUAUUUCUUGGGUUUGGUGAGGAGGAUGAAGUCCUUGCCGGAGGUCCAGUUGCCGGCGAGGCCGUCCAUGGUGCAGUUGUCGUAGCCGGUCUCGUUCACCUCGAAGACGUUGUACUGGUUCUUGAUGUACCUGAAGGCUGA